AUGGCAGCCACAAACGGAUCCGACAUCCUGACAAAGGGGAAAUUCAAAAUCAUCCCCGUAGAACCAAUAGACCAAUGGCAGCCAAUUAGUAAGAUCCGCACGUUCGUCUUCCUCAUCGUCACGGAGAUCCUCAAUGAAGAAGCAAUGCGUGCCGCACUAGAUCGACUCAUCAGGAACCACCUGCCUAUUCUCGGAGCUCGCCUUGAAGCUUCCAACAAUGGGGGCCUGGCCUAUUGCCUACCGAGGACCUUUCCAACCGACUAUCGUCUGUUUCAGUGGACAACUGACUCCGUGGAAUCUUCGUUCGCAGAUGCCCAGUUGCUGCCCGAUGGUAUGGCACAAGCUGAUUGUGAUAUCUUGCACGGGCCACGUUCAAUCCCGGAACUGGAAGGAGUAUGGACACCCUCCACUUGGCCUCGAGAGCGGAAAUUUGAGGCACCGGAUACGCCGCUUCUUCUCGUGCAUGUCACUAAAUAUGCGGACGCUACGGUUGUUGCGUUGAAUCUACCGCAUACGGUCACCGAUCAGAUGGGUUUCGGGUGUCUGAUCACUGCUUGGAUGCAGCUUGUCAAUGGCGAGACACCGCCUGAGUUUCUUCAGCUGGAGCCUGGCGCAUUGGAUGGUCUGAAGAACCCUUCGAAGGAAGUGCUGCGAAAGAAGAAUGCGUACCGCAUAGUGCGCAAAUCGGAGAGAGUGAAGGCAGUAAUGAACCACUUGCCAGAUAUCAUUCUCCACCCAAAGGAAGUUCGGCGUUUAUUGUAUUUGCCUAUCAAGCUAGUGGAAAACCUGCGCAACCGUCAUUCCCGGGCUCUGAAAACAAAGUACGGAGAAGAAACUCCUUCAUUGACAAGCGGCGAUAUCAUAACUGCACUUCUGACGAAAUUGGCCUUUCUUGGUCGGAAAACCUCCAGAACGGUGGCCAUGGCCACAGCUAUGAAUUGCCGUGGAAGACACCCUUUACUUCCUGCUGACAAGCCAUAUCUUCACAAUGCGGGAUCCUACGCUGUUUUGCAUAUGUCUAAUCCAGACCAAGUACCCCUCGCAGAGCUGUCCUACUAG